CAUGAAGCAGGAGGACCAACCAACUAAUGUCACAAUUGGAAAGAUUACUACUUCCUCUGAGACACAUGCAUACGGAACAAGAAAAGCCUUGCAACAAUGUCUGCAAUAAUACCCUUCUCAACAAUCUGCAGGAAUUCCAACUCACCUUUACAUCCCCAUUCCAAAUCAAGCUUCACAGGCUUCAGUCAAAGAAGCAAUAUUUGGCAGUUGUUUGUCAUCACAAAGUCAAAUUCCAGAGGAGCAAUAAGAAAGCUUUCUGUGAAGAAUGUUGCCGGUGACAAGAAGGAGGAACUGAAAGAACCACUCACUGAACAAGAUACAAAAGAAAAAGAUAUGAGAAUUGUGCAGCCUCAUCCUAAGACAGAUGUUUCUUGUACUAUGAUGCUAGGUGAGCAUGUCAUGCGUACAUCUGUAGGUUCAGUGGCAUGCUACUCUUUGCAGAAUGCAAAUAUCUCUAAACCAACACUCAAUUUCUCAACUUCUUAUAAUAUCGAAGAGAAAACAAAAAGAGAGCCUAUGGGAAGCAGCUUCCAUUCAAUAAGAGGUAAAACAUCACAAAAUACUAUUGGUAUAAUCACAGGAACCUUCACCAACUACAUGAAGCUUAUAUAAAAUAGGUUUAAGAGCACAUUUGAUUCUCCUAUUUUUACCGAUUCACGA